GCUCCAUUUCGAACGUAGUAGCGUAAGUUUCCACUGACAUCGCCGCAGACGUCAAUUAAUUAACAUGAAGGCGCUGUUUCACUUUGUUUUCGUAUUGCUCGCCGUUAGUUGGGCCGUCGAGAGCUGUCCGCCGAUGGACAGGGAUGCGCUACUGGAGAUUAAAGCAGAGCUCCACGAGCAGUACCUCGGCAUCUUCAAUUCCUGGACUGGAGCUGACUGUUGCCACAACUGGUACGGCGUCAGCUGCGAUCCAGAGACACGGCAGGUCGCCGACAUCAACCUCCGUGGCGAGUCUGAGGACCCGAUCUUUGAGCGGGCCAAGCGUACCGGUUACAUGACGGGGACCAUCUCCCCUGAAAUCUGUAAGUUGACUCGCCUCUCUAGCCUCAUCAUCGCCGAUUGGAAAGGCAUCACCGGUCCGAUUCCGUCAUGCAUCACGACGCUGCCGUUUCUUCGUAUUUUGGAUUUGAUCGGUAACAGACUCUCGGGUCCGAUCCCCGGAGACAUCGGAAGGUUGCGACGUCUAACGGUUUUGAAUGUCGCAGAUAAUCAGAUCACCGGGCGGAUUCCUCCGUCGAUCACGAAUUUAUCAAGUUUGAUGCACCUCGAUUUAAGAAACAACAAAUUUUACGGUCCCCUCCCUCGAGAUUUCGGCCGCCUCGGGAUGCUGAGCCGCGCUUUGUUGAGUGGGAACCAGAUCAGUGGAACCAUACCGAGCUCGAUCUCUCAAAUUUACCGCCUCGCCGAUCUAGACCUUUCCGUGAACAGCUUAUCGGGAACGAUACCAGAUUCUCUCGGCAAAAUGGCGGUUCUGGCAACUCUAAAUCUCGACAGCAACAAAAUCACGGGUAUGAUUCCGGCGAGUCUUAUGAAUUCCGCCGUGAGUAAUUUGAAUUUGAGCCGGAACGCACUGGACGGACAAAUACCGGAUGCUUUCGGGCCGAGAUCUUAUUUUACCGUGUUAGAUUUGUCCCACAAUAACUUACGAGGCCCGAUACCGAAAUCGAUAUCGUCGGCAUCGUUUAUCGGGCACCUGGACUUGAGUUAUAACCAUCUCUGCGGCCGGAUUCCGUCGGGCUCGCCGUUCGAUCAUCUGGAAGGGUCGCAGUUUGCGAAUAACGAUUGUUUGUGCGGGAAGCCGCUUAGAGACUGUUGACUAAGGGA